AUGCCUCCAAGGCACUUAUCUCCACUACUAACGGAUCUGCAAUCCCCCAUGGAGUAUUGUUUUACCCGGCUAGCUGCCUGGUUCUUAUCUAUUCUUCUUUUCUGGCUCGUGGUCACAUUUUGCAAUGUUUUUAAAUCGCAUCGCAGGUCUUGGAAUCGAUCUUCAGUGUCGCUACUCAGUCAGGAACCACUGAAGCCCCAAGAGACUUACACAACUGCGAACGCUGUUUGGCCUAUUGAUCAUUGCGAUUCGAAAUCGAAGGUGGACGAUACCCGCAGCAAACUAAGAAGAGUCAAUCCAAACUUCCGACUAGUAGCGAUCAUGGUUCUGUUCGGCAUAUGUGGGUUGUUGCUUUUGGGGCACCUCCCAUCGGCUUCCUCGCUCCAGAGCGGAGUGCAGUCUAUUACUGGCUUUCCAUCGCAGGCACCUAGCUCAACUGAUUUGCAAGAGUUCUUCCAGCUCUAUUCCCCAAUAUCGCUCGAUUCCGGUGGAAACGACAACUGCGAUGUUGAGAUAUUGCUCAUGGAUCACGUUUUUGGCUCCAGUUAUGGAGAGCCAUUUGUUGGUAGGAGGUCUCGAAUGUUACUACUACUUGUGUCUAAUCUUGCAACUUACGUAGGCGACUAUGAGCCCCCAAACUGCGACUUUGAUACUGUACGAAUCAAUCUCACGGUCACCUCUCGGGGAAAGCAGUUUGACCGAUUGGCACUCAUGUACCUUGGAGACAAUGAAGUGUUCCGGACUUCAACGGCAGAGCCGACAGCCAAUGGGAUUGUCUGGACCUAUGUCAAAGAGAUGUCGCAGUAUAACUCGUUAUGGAAGAGUCCCCAGAAGCUGAUAUUUGACUUGGGAAAUAUCAUUAACGAUGUCUACACCGGCUCGUUCAAUGCCACGUUGACGGCUCACUUUUCUGAGGGACAGAAUGUCAAGACCGCGGAUAUGGUUUUUCCAAUCUCUGCCAAAAAGUCAGCAUCAAACUCUUCAAGUGCCUUCCAACUCCCUACAGACAACACAACAGUCAUGUACGUGAUCCCUGCUGCGGCAUCGCGCGCUAUUGUGUCAAUAUCGGCAUGUGGACAAUCAGAGGAAGAGUUCUGGUGGUCCAACGUCUUCUCUGAAGAUACGCGAGACUUUGAAAGCACUGUCGGUGGGUUAUAUGGGUACACUCCUUUUCGUGAAGUUCAGCUCUAUAUCGAUGGGAUCCUUGCCGGGCUUGUCUGGCCAUUCCCUAUUAUCUUUACGGGAGGCGUGGCUCCGGGAUUCUGGCGUCCGGUUGUUGGGACUGAUGCAUUUGAUCUUCGACAGCCAGAGAUUGAUAUUUCCCCAUUCCUCCCUAUGGUUCAAGACGGGAAGCAACAUUCGUUUGAGAUCCGUGUGACCGGCCUCAAUGCCUCGGCAGAUGGGAGUGCCACAUUUGCAGAUACUGUGGGCUCAUAUUGGGUCGUCACUGGAAAUAUUUUCAUAUAUAUCGAUGGCAACAGAUCAGACUCUACAGCCACUGUCACUCGUGACAAGAAUAGGCCCACAGUGAAUGCUCCCUUGCCAGUGUUGGCUGUGACUCGGAACCUUAUCCACAAUGAGACCGGGGGAAAUGAUUCCUUAUCAUACUCCGUGGUCGUCAAGCGAGUUUUCAGCGCAGAAUCUUCUCUGUACUCGUGGUCUCAAACACUAUCCUUCUCCAACUACGGUCUACUCAAUCAGCAAGGAUACAGCCAAGUUAACAGACAACUCACAACUGGAAACAACACUAUCACCGAGCUCGGACAUGCACCCAUCUCAAACAGCGUUUCAUUCCAAUACCCUUUGGUUGUCAAUGCAACUUACGGCAUCACCUCGAAUGGGACGACGAUUGACUCUUGGAUGAAGAGAGGUCUCAACCUUGAAGCAACAGGAGGGGUCGGUAUUUCCACUUACACCUUGACCUCGGGGCCAUCAUACCUACACACAAGUCAGUCUGGCACGGCGCAGUAUAAAUCCGUCACUGGUGGAAGCUCAAGCUCUUGGGGAGACACCAUCAAUGUGUUCGAGAGUCAGAUGAAUGGGCAAUCGUACAAUCGAUCUGUCCAUGCAGUCAAUGGUACUGUUGUGUCUGACACGGACCCUAAAGCCAAGGUUUCGGCUUCUGCUGCACAAGGUCGUGGAGAUACUGGAAGAGACAGUGUGAGGGCUAUAGUUGGAAAGGGGCCUGGAAUUCUUAUAAACUAA